CUUUUAUCGAUAGUGUGAUCGAUAUCUGGUCACAAGAUUAUAUUAUAUUUAUUUUGCUAUUUCGGUCCAUAUUCGCAAAAAAAACAAAUACUUAACAACAUUCCGGACCAAUGGCUGACGCGGAGGAGAACCAGGCCAGCUUAACUACCAACGCCACCGACAAGGACGCUGCAAAGAUAUGUGUUUUGCUAAACGCUACAGGCAAUGUGCCAAUCAUUAAGAAGCGCACCUGGACCGUGGACCCCAACAAGACAGUCAGCUGGAUUCAAAAGUUCAUACACAAAUACCUCAAGCUGGACGCCACUGAGCAAAUUUUCCUGUAUGUCAAUCAGACGUUUGCACCUGCUCCGGAUCAGAUAAUCAAAAACCUGUACGACUGCCACGGGACAAAUGGCAAGCUAGUGCUUUACUACUGCAAGAAUCAGGCGUGGGGCUAAAUCGAUACGCACUCGACUUGACUAAGUCUUAAGUAUUUAUUCAACUAUUGUACUGUUUAUAUUAGGAUGUAAGAUGAUGUUGCAAAUUCAACACUUUAUUUCCCCAA